AUGUAUGGCGUGGCCAAGGGCCUCGCUGAGCUGGUCGCUCCGAUAGCCAGCUCAUGCGACGACAUCGCGCAAGCGUCUGCACUAAGGCACCCAGUUCGCAAGCAAGACAGGUGGGCGCCCGCUCAUUUUACGCGAUCCCAGGCUUACCAGGCCAUUGGUCUCCUGGAAAGAAGCAGAGAGGCGGCCGGCAGAUCUCUGCCCCAGCUGCAUUCCGGCCACGCCGCUCAGCAUACGACAUACUGCAACAGCGUGGAGAGGGAGACGAGCGCCGCAAUGUCUCUUCCCCCUUGCAUCAGGUCUCGAGGUGGCCCACCGGACGCAUCUCUAUGUACGAUGCCAGCGUCGUGA